AUGUCCGAGAAGCCCAUGAACAAUUCGCCAUUGGGACUCGAUUGGAUCGGCUCUCCGCUCGGGCUGAUUCUUUUCCUGAGCUUCAGAAGCUAUCUGUUGACCUUUGCUGUGCAGGCCAAAGGACCUAGGGUCAGUGGACCGAAUCUCGAGAACUUCAAAAACGAGAUCAAGAGCAGUGGGAAAGUGAGACUGGCACCUCCAUGUUGGAAGGAGAUGUUUUUGCAAAACCAUCGCACCGAGGCGGAAAAACUCCAGAUGGAAUUCAACCGUUUGAUUGAGAGAGGUGAGGAUUUGAGUGACACCACGGUCUUGGAACUAUGCGGCGGAGGAGACAUUGACACCGACUUUUUGUUAGAGGGUCUGGAAACUUCGGAUGAGUUGCAAGAAUCAGAUGAACAAGAAAUAGUGGAAGAAUCAUAUGAAUCAUGUGAUCUGGAAGAGAUGAAUGACCCCAUGAGCUCUCCAGAACCACACUCUAAUCUGCAGGGUCUGGAGUCGGAUAUUACACCACACGUUGCAUUGGUUGUGCCAGAAGUUGAGCAAACGACCACACAGAUAAUACUUGCUAUGCAAGAAGAUCCAACUCAUGAAUUACAAAGGAAACACUCGCACACCAUGGAAGUCAUUUCUCAAAACCUGCAAAAUAUGCCACAGACGAUAGGGGAAUCCCCUGCACAAUCCGCAAACGUUGCUGCUGGUGAAACUGGCGGGGAGACUCAUCUUGUUCUUUCUUCUGACAUUGCAGAGCUUGAGUCUCUGAAAAACGUACAAGUCACACAAGGUACUGAAACCUCAGAUGAUUUAUUCAUAUUGGAAAAAGAGGAGAGCAAGGCUAAGCAAGAAGAGCCUGAAAUUGAUGUACCUACAUAUCAAGAAGUGGAACUAAUUCAUGAAGCUAUUAGUCAGGUCACACGGGUCACAGAUGAAGUUGCAGAAGUUACUGAAGUUUCAGUACUUCCUACUGCACCAGAACGAACUUCAACAGAUUCAGACCCGCUAGCAACCUCGUCAGUUUUCCAAACAUCAAAUACGAGCGCUUCAGUCGCAACUAAUGAGAUUGCAUGUUCAUCGGAGCCACUCUUGCAAACAACAGCAAACACUCCAGUCAUACCCACGCAUGUGCCAGACUUGAAUCUAAAGUCUGACCAGAUUCCCGCCCAAUUAUCGGCACAACUCUCUAUCAAAAUUGAAUCUUUCCACCCACGCCUUAUGAUACCCGUUUCCCAUUACUCGCCCCUCAAGAGCCAGGUUACGCGACGCAGGACAAAGCCAAAGCCAAAACCAAAGCAGCGCCAACGCCCUAGAUCAGAAAAUUCCAGCGAAGAGACCCUGGAACACACUGCACGCUCCCACAAGCCUUCUGUGUCGGAACUAGUAUCCCGUUUCGAAUCUGAAAGCAAACAAAAAAGAGCUCCACUUGCACAGGUUUCUGCUGGCAAAGCCAAUGCUCGUCAUCACAAGGACGCAUGGGGCAAGACGCUUGAUCAGCGAAUCGCAGACCUUUUGGAGGGACUAAUACUGGAACUCCGCACAAGUGAGUUCCGCGACCAACCUGUGACCCCGGAAGCUCUCUAUGGGAUGUUCGUUCAGGGCCAGAAACCAUGGUGUGAUCUCAGCCAAUUUGAGAGGUCGCCAUUCGUAAAGGCGUGCCAGAAGACUUGA